AUGCAGAGUGUACAACAGCUGCGCUUCAUCCGAAGAUGGUCAGUGUUUGGGAAAACCUUCCAACAUGCACUGAGGGACCUAGUGGCUACUACAUUCCUCUUCCUCCUGUUUCUUCUCAUCUGUGCCCAGUGCGGCUGUUUGACUUCCCCUAUCAUGGGGACUGUGUAUAUCAUGAGCUACGGAGUCGGCUUGCUGUGGAUUGGGCAGGGUUUUCUUUGUGCUUCUGUCCUUCGCAGCUACCACACCAUCCACUCUGAAAUCUGCCGACCAGCCAUCGAACCUCAGGCUUAUGAGAUGAUUGAAUUUUUGGUGAAAAGAUUUAAACUGUGGAUGGGACUCAGCAAAACAAAAGAGUUUCGUCACAAAGUGAAAUUUGAAGGAAUGGACUCACUGAUUUCCCACUCUUCGGGAAACUCUAGACCAUCUCGCUUUCCCUCUCCUGGCAUCAACAUCCGCUGCACAAGUGGGACCAUUUCUUCCUUCAGCUCCGAAGAGCUGGUGCUUCCUGAGAGUCCUGGCUGCGAUCCAUGCAAUGUAAGCUUCUACCUGGAGCACCUCCCAGCUGCAGUUAAUGAUCUCCUAGACCACUUUGACAGGGUCCUCAAACUGGCAGAAGAUGUGUGCCAGCUGGAGACCAAACUGGAAGAGACCCACAGGAGAAUUAAGCAGAAAGGGCAGGAAAAAAGCCUUCUAGCAGAUAAGGUCAUUCCCCUCGCUUCAAAGACUCAGCUAGGGCUGCCAAGAACUUAUAGCACCUUCUCGGAGUCUUCUCUGGCUAGGUUUAGAGCUCACCGAGUUAGAAUCUCCAGCUGCAGUGCUACUGAAGGGUCCAAGCAGUGUCCAGUGGACCCCGUACUUCAGCAAAAGUCAAGCUGCCAUGCUCAGCUGGAUAAUGCACCAGUUACAGCCAACCUCUUCCGAGGAAUUAGUGCAUGCUCGGGCCAUUUGUUCAAAAGGAGACCAAAGAGUGAGGAAGGACAGGGAUGCCAGGGCUCUGAAGGUCUGCAGAGACGGGUCCCUUUAAAGAGAAGAGCAUGGCAAACAGAAGGAGCAAGUGGCAUGUAGGAAAGCUGCGGAGGGGCUGAACGAGGUCCGGAAUGGGCAUCUGCUUAUUUUUCUCCUGGAAAUUCUCUAAUGCUCUUACCUGGGAAAAUAGUGUCUAGACUUGGUUCUUCUGAUUGACUUUUAUAAUCUUAAAAAGCUGGAGCCCUUGAUUUGGUCCUCAAAUCUGCCUUGUCUGUGAAUGACUCAGUGUGCCCAUUUGUAAAAUGGGAAUGGCUGUGUAGCAUUUGUAAUAGGCAUUACAAAUUAUCUGUGAACAAAAGCAUGAUGCUAACUUAAGUUGGUGAGAUGAAAAAGAGUACAUGUAGAAAUUACUUGUUGUCCUGUGCGCAAACCACAGAGAAUACAGAAACACGCUCCAGCUUUGUAUUUCAGCUACUUUGUAUGAUCCCACGACAUUCUCGAGCUACCGACUGCUGCAAAAAUGCUCUUGAAAAGGCUUCAGGGCAGCACUGAUUAAGAAGGUCAAUAGCUGUAAAAUAACUGCUUCAAGCUCAUCCAUAGGAGACGGUCUAAGUAAGGAUAGUGAACGAGAGCUAGUUAGGUACACUGCACAGACAAAAGACUCACAGUUCUCAGCUGGGCUUUCCCAAGCUUAAUCCUCAAUGAGUGUAUUAAAACAAUACAUGUUGGAAGAUGCCAACUGACAUGAAUAGCCACCUUCAUCUUCAUGUAUAUAUGUUCCUAUGUUUAAUAACAGUGUUGCCAAUUAGGCUGCCUCUCCUGCUUUAAGGCCCGCCAUGAACUGUGUUUGAGUUUCCUGCACUGCUGUUUCAUAACUACACCAGAGACUGCCUUGCAUGUGUGCACUCUAGUACACGUGUCAGUUUCCUGCCUGCCUGCUAGUUAUCCUGCUGUUGCAAUAGACUGUGUCGGUUUCCUGAAUCCAUAUCUGGACAACUACACUAAGGACUCUCUUUCUGGGCAGCCCUGCCCAGGCCUAUAUCUGGACCUUCCGGUGUGUUUGGACUCCACUAAACGUGUACCUCCCGCCUGCUUUGCCAUCUCUCACGGGCUGUGCUUGCUCCCUGCUACGGACUGUGUUUUACGUGCUGUUUCCCUGCCUCCAUGGAAGCCUGCCUCACCCGGGCCCAAGCCGCGCUGUUAGCAGCCAGGUGCCAGCCAGGGAAACCCCCAGCGAGCCUGACCAGGCACCCCCUGGCCAGUUCCCGCCUGGAGCCUCCCACCAGUGGGGCAAAUUCAUGGUUGGGAAAAUGUCCCUGUGUUCAAUAACAGCGAUUGGACUGGAGCUUCUGCAUAAGGCUGCGAUGUGACAUUCAACAUUUUCUGAAGUUCUGUGCUAAUGUAGCGAUCAGCAUAGGGCUGAUUCACACAUUACGAAGUCUGUAUGUACCCCCAUGUGGACUUUUUUUACAGAGGUGUUCUAGGAGUUCCCUUCCGGGAAUUUAAUUCUCAGGAUGUGGGACCACAGCACACAAAGAGAAGGGAUUUCAGCUCCCCCUCUCCAUCUGAAAUGGGGAGUUAUCUGCCCUUUGAAAUGUAAAGGUACUGAUGGCUACAUGUGAUUCACCAGUGGGGCAAAUUCAUGGUUGGGAGAAAUGCCGUGGAGGACAGGCUUAAU